GAAAGAAAAUAAAAUCGGGAAAAUUUUACUUUCUUCCAUUUUCCGCCCAGAUUCAAUCUGAACAUCAGAUGAACCCUCGGCUGGAGAAUUACACUGUUCACAACAAGAUAUGCAAUUGAAAAAUAUGGUAAUCGUCGGGACGAUUACAUACAUGGUACAGAAAUUCCGUUUUGGUUAUUCUCAAUCAAGGUAAAGUACAUUGUUCAUGUUGAUGUUUCAAAGUUAUAGUAAUUAAUGGCAAAACGCAUUAGCAGAUUUUGAUAGUCAGCUUAGCUGUGCCAACGAAUGGAGCAGUUUCGGCAGAUUGGAGAGGUACUGGGAAGCUUGAAGGCUAUUAUGGUAUUCCGCGACAACAUCCAAAUCAAUCAGCGACAAUGCUGUUUGUUGUUUGACAUCUUCAAUUUCGCAUAUGAUACAAUAGCACAAGAGAUGGCAGAGAACCUGAGAUUCGAAGAGAGGCAGGCGAAAUGGAGGAUACUUGAUUUGCCAUUGCGAGAGAUGUGCAGGAUAUUCAAAGAAGGAGAAGGUUACAUUAGGCAGUGUCUUGAGACAAGGGACUGGUGGGCAAAAGCCAUUACUCUCUAUAACAGCACAUAUUGUGUAGAGUUUUGCAUUCACAACUUACUUAGCUGCAUUCCUGUUGUCAUUGAAGCAAUGGAGACUGCAGGAGAAUUCUCGGCCUCCGACUACGACGAGAUGCAGAAGAGGAGACUUGUCUACUCCUUUAAGUAUCACAAGGAAUUCAGAGAUCCAAAGCUAUUUCAGUGGAGAUUUGGCAAGCAGUACCUUAUAACCCAAGACCUUUGCGACCAAUUUGACAUGGUAUGGAAGGAAGAUCGAUGGAUUCUUCUAAGUAAAAUUCUUGAUAAGAAAAUUAGUGGGUCAACAAAGCAAGAGCAGCGACUUAUAGAUCUGCUGAACAGAAACUUGGAUGACUCGGAGAGUUCGAAUGGGAAACUCUUGCCCUCUUCAAUCCUAGUGGGAUCAAAGGACUACCAGGUGAGGCGGCGGCUAGGGAGCGGGAGUCAGUACAAGGAGAUUGUGUGGUUGGGUGGUAGCUUUGCUUUAAGACAUUUUUUUGGGGACAUUGAGCCUCUGAUUUCUGAAAUAUCUUCUCUGUUAUCUCUUUCCCACCCCAAUAUAAUGCACUUCCUCUGCUGCUUUACUGACGAGGAGAAGAAAGAGUGUUUUCUUGUUAUGGAACUCAUGAAUAAGGAUCUGAAUAGUUACAUCAAAGAGAUUUGUGGGCCAAGGAAGCGGAUUCCCUUUACUCUGCCAAAUGCAGUUGAUAUCAUGCUUCAAGUAGCAAGGGCAAUGGAGUAUCUGCAUUCAAAGGGAAUAUAUCAUGGUGAAUUAAAUCCGUCUAAAAUUCUGGUAAAACCAAGGGGUAACUUUGGAGAAGGGUACCUGCAGGCGAAAGUGUCGGGCUUUGGCCUAUCUUCUGUGAAGAACAUCAAACCCAAGAGCUCUUUAAAUCAGAAUGGAACCCUCCCCUUCAUCUGGCAUGCUCCAGAAGUCCUAGAAGAACAAGAACAGACUGGGUGCACAGAGAACUUAAACUACACAGAAAAGUCUGAUGUGUAUAGCUUCGGAAUGGUAUGCUUUGAACUGUUGACUGGAAAAGUUCCAUUUGAGGACAGUCAUCUUCAAGGAGAAAAAAUGAGUCGAAACAUUCGAGCAGGAGAGAGGCCUUUGUUCCCAUUUUAUUCACCCAAAUACGUGACCAACUUGACAAAGAAAUGCUGGCAUUCUGAUCCAAACCAGCGACCAAGCUUCUCAUCCAUAUGUAGGAUUCUACGUUACAUAAAACGAUUCCUUAUGAUGAACCCAGAUUACAAUAGAGAGCCAGACCCACCAAUGCCACCAGCUGACUACUGUGAAAUGGAGUCAAAGCUCUUGAGAAAAUUUCCUUCUUGGGAUACUACAAAUUCAACAGCAAUAUCACAGAUACCAUUUCAGAUGUUUGUUUAUAGAAAUCUGGAGAAAGAAAAGGCAAGAGAAAAUCUUAGAGAAACUUCAGAAUCAGGUAGCGAUAAGGCUUCAGUUAGUGGAGACGAAGCAAUUACCCCAAUGGAUGAUCCACUCCCAACAGCAACAGAAAGAAAGUUUCUCACUUCCCCUGAAGCUAUGAACAAGAAACUAUUACAUUUGAAUAGAUCUCCAGAAACGAAAGCAAGCAAACAGCCAGGAACCCCGAAGGGAAGAUCUCCAAGACCUCCACAAAUGAUGACCUCUCGUAGUAUGAGAAUGAAUUCAGAAAGCCAGCUGAUGGUGAUGAGCCCGAGAACGAUGAGCCCAAGAAUGAUGAGCCCGAGAAUUAGAAGAAUAUCUUCUGGUCAUGCAUCAGAUUCUGAGCUUACAUAAGCAAUUCUGAAACAAGGAAUGCUAUCUUUGGGAUUUUGAGUGACAAUCCUGAUCAAAUAUUACAAGAGAGGUGAGAACUCUAACUACGAAAAAUAAUUGCUUCGUCUAGCUGCAAAUUGCACUAUUAGCUAAUGAAGAAAUCAGGCACAGUACAGAAAUUCAAUUGAAAACAAGGUCAAUAAGUAGGACCAUUUUGUUCAGGUCCAUAUUUUGUUGGCGCAUAGACAUUAUCGAAAAUAAGCACCUGAAACUCAUAUGCGCAUAUAUAUAUAUCAAGAAUUCUCUUGCAGAAAACAAGUGAUACUCUAGUAGGAUGAAAAGGCUCAUAUCUAAUCUGCUACAGUGGCUUAGAGUUCAUGAAAGGCCCUAUCGAAGCCAACCGUACUAGUACAUGAAAACUCACCUAUGACAUAGAAGAAAAAUUAAUAAAAAACAAGAUAAGGCGUAUGAAGUAGUCAUAUUUAAUGGUAAUUCUAUAUAGAUGGAGAAACAUAUUCAAAAAACUGUCUUGGUAAAAAA